CCGCGGCGGCCUUCCCCGCGCGCUUGCGCCGGGCGCGCGGCCGAGGGCGCCCGCUCCCCCGCCGCGGGGGCGGCGGGCGCCGUGGCCGAGAUCGCCGAGCCGGGGCCCGAGGUGACGGAGGCUCCGUCGGGCUCCACCGUGGACUCCGGCGCGCCUGCAAAGGUGACCAUGGACUGGCCUGGGUCCGAAGGGCUGCCGCCCCUCGUGAUCCCGGGCGUGGCCAGCGUGGGAGCGCUCGACUGCGGCUACCUGACGUUGGUGAAGCUGGGCCAGGCUCCCCUGUCUUGCCCCACGGACCCUUCGGCCGGGUGCGGCUUCGUGCUGAACUCGGAGUUCGCCUCCGUCGGGCCCGUGCCCCUCGCGGCGCUGGGCCUGGUCGCCUACGCGGCGGCGGCGGCGCUCAGCCUCGCGGGGCAGCGGGAGCUGCUCUGGUGGCUGUCGCUGGCCCAGACGGUGGCUUCUGCGGGGCUGAUGCUCGUGCUGAUGUUCGUGCUGAAGGCGCCCUGCGCCUUCUGCGCCCUGUCGGCGCUCACCUCGGCGGUGAUGUUCUCCCUGGUCGAGGUCGACUCUCGACGGCGGCAGGGGCUUCCGGACCGACGGUCGAUCUUCGUGUGGAGCGCAGCGGUGGCGGCUCUCGCGCUUAUUGGCGCCACGCUGUCCCCCAAGCUGCGAAGUAUGCAGGGCUUUUUCGACCUGACGCAGCAGUACAAGCCGGAGCACCCGCCGCUUCUGACCACCUCGUCGGCGGCGGAGAUUGCGCUCGCGAAGCACCUCAAGGCGUCAGGGGCCAUGUGCUACACGGCCUGGUGGUGCCCCCACUGCCAGGAGAGCAGCGGGAGCAGUUCGGGAGAGAGGCGGCCGCGCUGGGGCCGUUUGUGCAGUGCUCCAGCGCGGAGCGGAGCUUGCUGGCCCAGUGCAAGGACAAGCAGCAAGUCGGGCGUGUGUCCCUCUAGGAUCAUGGGCGACGGCAAGAAGCACUCAGGCAUCCAGGCGCUGUCGGAGCUGGCGGAGUAUUCAGGCUUCACGGCCUUCCCCAAGGACAGCUUCCGGGAGCGCACUGAUCAGGAGAGCUGGAGUACAUCUGGGGCCCCGCGGACCCCGAGCCGCCCGCGGGCAAGCCCGGCGGCGACGACGACGACGACGUCUGAGCGCCGCUGCCGCGGGGCGGGCACGGCCGCGAGGGCCCCCCUGGGCGGGGCGCCUGCCCGGCGGCGGGAUGCACGGGAAAUGGACGUCCGAGCGACGGCAAGGCACGGGGUGCAGCAGUGGCGAGUCGCUGGCCGCGUGUGGCGCUGGCAUUCAGCAGCGGCGAGGCGCCCCGGCCUGCCCAGAGGCCCAGCAAGGAAGGCUCCAAGGGCCGCUCGGGGGUUUGCACGAGCUGUUCUUGGGGCGCUUCUGGCUGAGGCUGGUGCAAGUUCUGGGGACCUGGCUUCUGUUCGUGGGAGACUCCCUUGGUUCUGAGAGCAUGUCCUGGUAGGCCUGACGGAAUGUCGGGACGGUCGGUCCCUGCUCAACGGCUUCCCGCGCCUCGCCUUGCCCGAAGCCCCGGCGGGCUGUGUCGGCCUGUAUGUGCAGAAGCGCAGCGAGACCACACGCCGCAAUCCUGACGCAGCUUCGUCCGGGAGAACUGUCGCUUGCAACGCGGUGUCGUUUGCCAGCGCUGGCAGCAUUCUGAGGAUUACUUUACGGUGGUUCUUUGUCGGGGUGCAA